AAGGAUGUCUCUCAGUGUUUGAUCCUGUUGAGGUGAAAGAUGGUUCUCCACAAGGAAGACAGCAUCCAGCUGAAGACAGCCCUGGGUACAAGCGAGAUACAGCUGCUGAUAGGGGACAUCACACAGCUGCAACAAGAUGAGGCAGUGGACAUCAUCUUCGUCUCAGCCUUUCAAGGUGACUAUUCUGAAGUCUCAUCUUUUACACUCAUUGGUGCGUUGAGUCAGAACUUGAACAUCAGCGUCCAAGAACUGUCGAAGGACAAGGAGCUUGACCUCAGGACUAACUUCCAUUGUUGGGUGUCCAAACCACUGCCCCACAAUGUCCCCUACAGGCGACUGGUGUGUUUUGAGAGAUCUCGUAGGGCAAAAGCUGGAACAGUGGCCCAGCAGAUCAGCACCAUGUUCCGUGCCAUGACGCCCAUCUUUAACAAUGAGGACACAACUGUCAUAACCCCUCUCCUAGCCACAGGAAACCAGGUCAGAAUUCAUGUGUGA